AUUGUUAUCGGUGAUUGUCGUACAAAGAAAAACACAUAAAGUAAAAGUUCUACAUCACAAAGAAAGAACUGCUCAUUUCUAGGUUCCGCGUACGACGUAAAUUACGCAUCAUUGUUCCGUGAUCGUUUGCAGGAAUGAUUCGUAGGAACAUGGUUCCGGAAACGAUAACAGCAUCGUUCGUGCUGUUACUGAGCGUGGCACGAUUGGCAAGUGGCCAAGUUUUCUACUAUCAACCGGAACAGGUUCAUCUGGCCUUCGGUGAAUCGACGAACGAAAUCGUUGUUACCUGGAGCACCAUGACGGCAACGAACGAAUCGAUGGUGGAGUAUGGAAUCGGUGGAUAUGCGUUGCGAGAAACGGGUACUGAGGAAAAAUUCGUCGACGGAGGUUCCCAGCGGCACACACAAUACAUUCACCGGGUGGUGCUGAAGGAUUUGCAACCAUCGUCCCGCUAUGAGUAUCACUGUGGCAGUAAGAUGGGUUGGUCGGCCGAGUUUUAUUUCCACACCGUUCCGGAGGGUUCCGAUUGGGCUCCGUCGUUGGCCAUUUUCGGUGAUAUGGGUAAUGAGAAUGCACAAUCGAUGGCCAGGUUACAGGAGGAUACCCAAAGGCACAUGUACGAUGCGAUCCUGCACGUUGGGGACUUUGCCUACGACAUGAACUCGGAGAAUGCUCUGGUCGGGGAUCAGUUCAUGAAACAGAUCGAAACGAUUGCGGCCUACACCCCGUAUAUGGUGUGCGCUGGUAAUCACGAGGAGAAGUACAAUUUUUCCAACUACCGUGCCCGCUUCAGUAUGCCGGGUGGAACGGACAAUCUGAUGUACAGCUUUAACCUGGGACCGGUGCAUUUUAUCGGAUUCUCGACUGAGGUCUAUUACUUUAUGAAUUACGGACUGAAGACGUUGAUUAAUCAGUACGAGUGGCUACGACGUGAUUUGGAGGAGGCAAACCGACCAGAAAACCGCGCUCAACAGCCAUGGAUUGUGACCUACGGUCACCGGCCGAUGUACUGCAGCAAUGAGAAUGAUAACGAUUGCACCCAUAGUGAAACGUUGGUGCGCGUUGGGCUUCCAUUCACGCACUGGUUUGGCCUGGAGGAUCUGUUUUACGAGCACGGUGUGGACGUGGAAAUCUGGGCUCACGAGCAUUCGUAUGAGCGGCUUUGGCCUAUCUACGACUACAAGGUUUACAAUGGUUCUCACGAUGAACCGUAUCGUAACCCACGGGCACCGGUCCACUUGGUUACUGGUUCGGCCGGUUGCAAGGAAGGACGUGAACCGUUUAUACGCAAAAUGCCCGAAUGGAGUGCUAUUCACAGCCAGGACUACGGUUAUACUCGUAUGAAGGCGUUGAACCGGACCCAUCUGUAUUUCGAGCAGAUUUCAGUCGAUAAAGAAGGUGCUGUCAUCGAUUCUUUCACCAUUGUCAAGCAGCAGCACUUGCCGUACAAGCAACUGCUACAAGAGGACGGGUCAAAUCAAGACUAAACAAAUUUUUUAGGAUAAAAUUUAUUCUUACGUAAAACAUUUACUACAGUUUCUUCUCGUAGGUGGAAUUGUGUGCACUAAUUCGAAUUAACGAUGUUACCAAAGUGAUGAAUAUAUGCGAUCUGAAUUUGGGUGGUCAAUGCUGGUAAAAUAUCUUAUCACAGAUUCUUGGAA